UCAUUGUCGAGAAAAACCAUAACAUCCGCUGGAGCCGGAAGUGAAAAAUCAUAUUUCCCGUUUAGGUUAAAUGACUCCCGGAGUUGUCCUGUCUUGGUUGCUUUGACAUUUUAACCCACCAGAUGGCUUGGGAAAGCAAAGGUUGCACUCUUCCCCCGUCCUCCUUACCUCUCCUGGUUCCUCCUGUGAGGCUCAUGUCAGCAUUUCUGUGGCAGAUCGUGCAUCAGCACAAUGUUUUGCAGUAUGACAAGCUGGUAGACUUCAUCAGUCUGGUGACCGAGGUCGUUCCAGAGAUCCUGAGUCCUGGACAGAGAGCUCAGCUGAUACUUGGUCUGAGAGGAAGGUUAGUCCUGGAGCUGUGUCGCGGUGAUGGUGUUGGCAACUUACAGAGUAUCCAGAGCCACCUGGAUAAAAUCCACAACUGCAGUUCUGAACUGAGCUCCAAUGCCCAGAGCAUGAGUGAUGUUCUGAAGACUUCAUACACUAAUUUUGCCAGCCUGGUCCAAACCCUUCUGUAUGUUCCUUUUGAAAAGGACUACUUCUUUCAGGAGGUUUUUCCUGUAAAUUAUGGCUCUGACUACGACCAACGACUGGAGCAGAUGGUGUCUGUGUUUCUGACCAGGCUGGAGCAGCUGCUGCCGAUACCUGACCUGUCACAGACGUCCGCCUGGCUCACAGAAAUGACGUCCGUGGCAGAGGAUUUGGGACAAAACUUGUCUGAACCUUUUGCUCUGAAGUCUCUGCUCCUUCACCACAGACAGCUGGGCACGAUUGGCACAGGUGGGUUCAACAGACGGCUCCACGCCGGGAGUGUUCAGACAGAAGGAUCUCCAGCAGACAGUGAAGAUGAAGAGCUGCUGACUGUACCGAUCCUGCCGUUCCACACUGGAGAGGUGAAGUUCACCGAGGUGUACAUUCAGGGUGAAGAUUACGACAGCGAAGAAAACGCCCUGGAUUUAAAGAAUUUAACAGCAGAAGAUUCAAGUCCGAGCUCUGAGCUCAACGCAGACGAGUGGUUACCAAAAAUGAAGUCAGGUUCUCUGUCACGUUCCUUCAUCUGCCCCCUGUGUUCCUUUGUUCACCACAUCAAGAGGAAAGUUCAGGAGCACAUUCAGAGUGAGCACCAACUCUCGUCCUCCGCCACAGAACAACAGUUAGCCAGAAAAGACAAGGCUCAGCAGAAAAGACAAAGCUCAGAUGGUGAGGAGAUAAAAGAACAAGGCCAAACGAACAGGAGAGGAAAUCCUGCACCAAAAGACGAGUCUGAAACCAAAAAAACACGAAAGCAAAAGAGAGAAAAUAUAAGGAGAACGGAAACGGGAGGCCUGGAGGACCGGAGGUUUCUGAGCUCCAAGACUGUCAACAAAAAAAUCACAAAGGGAGAGACCAAAUGUGUGAAGUGUGAAAAGGUUUUUGAGCACCCCAAUCAACUCAAGACACACAUGAAGCUGCACACCUUUAAGCAUCAGUGCAGCCAGUGUGAGAAAGGAUUCAUCAGCUCCUCGGGGUAUUAUCAGCACCAGAGACUCCACAAGAAAGGACGGAUAUUCACCUGCAGCCAGUGCAACAAAGGCUUUCUGUGUAACUAUUCACUCAAGCAGCAUGAGCGCCUCCACCAGGGCCCCUCCCACCUGUGCACCAUCUGCGGAAAGAGAUUUAGCGGCGCAGGCAUUCAGAGACACCUCCAGAUGCACAGAGGGGAGAAGAAUUAUCUCUGCACGACCUGCGGGAAGUCCUUCUUAUCUUCCGGGGAGCUUCUGCUCCACACCCGCUCUCACACGGGCGAGCUGCCGUACACCUGCACUCAGUGCGGGAAGGGUUUCUCCUGCAAGAGCCACCUGACCGUCCACAUGCGCUCACACACAGGAGAGCGUCCGUACAUGUGCUCGGAGUGUCCCAAGAGAUUCCUCACUCUGAACUGCCUGAAGAGACACACGCUCAGCCACAACGGAGUCAAACCGUUCAAGUGUCCGAGCUGCGAGAGAGAGUUCUCCCAGCAGGGGAAUCUGAAAAGACAUUUGGCAACACAUAAACACGAUUCAUGAUGUGCAUCAAAAUGUCUUUAUAUGUAUAUGAUCCCUGCAGCUGUUGAUUCCUGGAAGUUGGGAAAAUACAAAAUAUUAAAAAGUGAAGAUUU